GCCUUCCUCAUUAUAUUACUGUGUCUUUGAGAAACAGCUGAGUUUCUUCUAUUUAAGAUGUUUUUUGCUGGCAGGUUGGAUCUGACUCCUUUCUGAAAGGGCUGAUUGAAGGGCACCAGGAUCAGGUGAACUUCAGAACAGGUUUCUAGAGCUGUAAGAGAAGGCACCGCGUCACUGAGAUACAUGAACCUACAGCAACCAACAGCAACAUGGAUGACUGUUCCCCUCACGCCUCUGGGCUUUGUCUUUGCCACGAAUGUAAACCCGCUGUUCAUAGUACAGUUGCUGGAGUCAAAAGGUUGUUGGAUUCCCCAGAGAAGGUUGAGGUCCUGCAGUCAGCUAAGAAAGGUUGUGUGUCAAGGCAUGGUUCUGGCACUUCAGAUCCAUCAGAGAAAUCGUUGUGCUCUUCCCCAGGCUCUGCCUCCUUUCAAGGUUCCUUGCACUUUCUGGAUGAUACUGGCCAUGAUGACCUUGUUGCCAGUUCUUCUGUGCCAAAAUACGAUGAUGUAGUCAUUUCUCUAGAUAUAACCAGAUAUUUUGGUGAUAGUGAUGACUCCUUGUUGGAACUGUCAGACGGUGAAGAAGGGAAUUCUUCUUUCACUUACACUGAGGAAGAGAUCCAGGAAAUCCUGGCAGAUGAUUGUGUGGAAUCUGAGCAGUGCCUAACUAGAAAAAGCAGUCUGAGCCAAAAUAUAAAUGAAGAGAGUGAAAAGGAUGAGAGCAGCAGCUACUCUGGGGCAUCAGUCAUCAGCGAAGAUGCAAAUGAAGAGUCAAAGAUCGCAGAGAAACCAAAUGACUCUGUGUCCAGAGAGUGUUUUUCAGUCAGCUCUGAAUGCUCUCCUAGCCCUUUGAAUGGAAGCGCCAGUUCGGAUGAGAACCAUCUGCAGUCAGCUCAGGUAACUCGCAUGUUGUUUGACCUUGACAUUCAGGAGCUUCUGAGUCUUAGCCCUAUUCAUGCUGAUGAUGUAGAUGAGUCUCAGGAGGUCAAUACUUUGGAGGAAGCUGAAAGAGAAGCUUCAGAAGGAAUCAUAAAUGAUUGCCUCGAGUAUGCUAAAACUGAUAGUAGCUGUGUUCUCGAAGACUCUUUAGAGGGGCUGAUGUCUAAUGACUGGCAAAGCCUGGAUGUGGACGGCCUGGGAAAGACUCCCUUUACCAGCAAAGAUGUGUCCCACUUCAGUGGUCAUCCUGUGGGAAGAUCCACGCCCUCUUCUGACCUGGCCCGUGACCAGAGGACAGCUGAUGAGAGCUCAGCACCCGUGUUGCUGAGGUGUCCCAUGCCACUUUCUGGAAUCCUAAACCAAGAACUUCCCAAAGCAACAAAGAGCUGUUUUUCAAGGAAAUCAGACUCUCUGGAGGAUGAUGAGGGGGAAUCUACAGAAGCUGAGCAGCCAUCAAACAGCAUUAAAUUAAGUGAUACAGCUGUAGGCCAGAUUGAGCAAGAAGAGACAACCAGUGGGAAGAAGCCUGGCAAAGUUAUUCCAGUGCCACAGGAGGUGGAAGAAAGACUGAAUCAACGGACACGCAUUUUGGAAGCGGAGCUGGGCCAGAGAAACAUUUCUAUCCAGACUGUGUGCAUCUAUACAAAGGAAACUGACUCCUACACCAAGUAACCCCCAGAUGGGAUGGGGGACCCUUUGCUAGGUGAGUCGUGGGACCAGAGCCCCCAGAGCUGUGUCCCAGCCCUUCCUCCCUCCUACCCACCCUGGGCCUUUUGGCAAGAGCAGGUCAGAACCGCCUCCGCACAGCAAGGAGGCAUGAGCGAUGAAGAUUACCCUUAAUCCCCUCUUAAUGCUGAGAACUCCUUCUAGCCUCUCAUUAAACGCUUUGCUGAUUAUUAAUGGACUUUUAUUUGAGAGGAAAAAAAAAAAAACCCAAAACCCCCACACUUUACAGCUUUGGGCUGAUUCCUCCCUGACUUUUUAUUGUCGACACAGUGGCUGCUGGCACGGGGAGGAGGAAACCACCUGCCUGCCCCUUAUGUUGUUUAGUGUCAGAGCUGUAGUAGGGAUGGGAUGGGAUGGGAUGGGAUGGGAUGGGAUGGGGCGCAGGUUUGUCUCCAUCCCACUGCUGCCACCACCCAUGAAGGUGGGGCCGCUGAUUGAGGGUGGUGGGGUGAGCAAAGGGGGUGUCUGAGUCACUGAGAUGUCUUGCCUGGCACCUCUGGGAUUGGGGGGGGGACACCUCGGCUGCAAAGACAUCACUGGGAGAUGCUCGGAGCUCCUGGCUCCUCAGCCACAGUCUCUCUCCUUGCUGUUGUGUCUCGCUCUUUUGAAGCUGCUCUCAGUUUGCACCUUCUGCCCUGAGCUCUUCUGGGGGGGCUGGGGGUGGGAGCCAGCUUGCUGCCUUUAGCCAUGCAGGCUGGGGGGAUCAGUGCUUAGAGGAAAAGGAAGAAAUCUGCGGAAAUAUCACAGAGUCCUGUGGUCAGGCUGUAGGUUUGGAGUUAGAGCAUAUUCCUGGAUUUAUCUCCCCAGCCAAGGGGCCCAGCUUAGCCCCAAAACAGAAUUCAACUGUCCUGGAAACUCCAGCCACUGGGAAGUGCCUGGAGUGAAAGGCAGUCAGUUCCUCCGUGGCUAAGGCUCUGCUGUAGUGACAGCAGUUCCCAGUUCAGUUAGCUCCUCUCCCAGUUCAGUUAGCUCCUCUCCCACAAGCGGCUCCUUUCCUGCUGUGAAAGGCUCAGCUCAGCAGCCUCAGAGCCCCCAGACCAUGGUCCAGCGAGCAGAUCGCCUGCCGAGGCUCUGAGGCGGCUCCUUCAGUGCUGUCUACCAGCAAGCUGUGAGCCCUUCCUUGCAGGAACCAGUAAAAGUCAGCCUUAAAUCCCAGUAGCAAUUUAUUCCUGCACCUCAACCUUCCCUGGGGACGCAGGAGAUGGAAGGACACGACCUGCAAGGGGCAGGAGCAUCCCGUAAGGUCCCGUGUGAUGUUCUCGGCAAAGCGCCGCUGCCGCUGCCUGAGCGUGGGUACAAAAAGACCCGGUUUUGGUGCCUUCCUGAGCCUUUCUUUGCUCUCCCAGCACGGCUCCCUUCAGCCGAUAGAAUUCCUUGUCAGCUUUAUGGGGUAAGGAGGAAGGGCUGGCGCUGCCGUUCAGCCUCCCCGAGGGUUUGAAUGAAGGAGCCUGCGGGGGAGUGGGAGGGAGCAGGGCCCACCGCUGCCCUCCCGCUCCCGGCCCCCUGGCUGUUUGCUGAUCUCUGGCAAUUUCGAAGAGCAGAAAAACCAAGUGGUGGUUCUUCAGUCUGGGAAAGAAGCAAUUCUUUCCUGCUGACCUCCUGCUCCCCUGCCCGAUCUCGGUCAGCCCUCUGAUUCCCCAGGAGUGCCUGAAUGUGCAGGAAAUGCUGUCAGGGCAGAUGGAGACUUUUCAGGGAGCACAGAGCUGCUCGCCGUGUCCACCCUGGCCAUCAGGAAUUCCUCGGGGCAGAAGGAAGGGGUGUUUCUACUUUGGAGAAUGUCCGGUGCUGCCAAACUCGGACUCCCUGAGUCCCAAAGCUGGGCAGGAACCGCUUGGGUCUUGCCAACGCCACGAUCUGGGGUUUAAUGCUGCCAACCCAGAGCAGAGUCAUUGCUGUGGCAUGUUUUAUCCAGGGCCCAAACGUCCUGGGGGAGGGCUGGGUACUGUGCUCUUUUCUAGCUUUUCUCAGCCCACAUUUGUGUGAUAUUAGAGAAAUAAGAGAGAAAUCUGUCAGAGGCAGGAGGGGGAGCAAGGCCUGGAGCUGGAGCCGGUACCCAGACCUCUCCCAGGAGUUCGUUGGCUGGUCCUGACCCAGCUCUGCUCUUGUAUCCAACCCUCCAAUUUUUCCUGCACACACAAAGAUUUGCAUGCUCCGCUGCUCCAUACAUUUCUGCUUUUAACGGAAUUAUACUUGAGUCAGGCCUUAAUUUGGCCUCUGGCUACUCUAUAAACCAGAAGGGGUUUAUUUAACAAUAAAUGCCAAGAGGAUGAGGCCAUAUUCGGUACCAGUCCGUGGGUACCACUCCACGGAGGCUGCUUUUGGAUCCUGCCAUGGCGCGUGUGGUUACCCUGUGCGAGCGCGUCCCUCUCCGUUUCCCACAUGGAUGUUCCCAGCAGGAAACGGCGUUUGGAAGCGGAUGGCGCAACCUCGCCUGCUUCGCACACUGACGUCCCUGCUGAGAGGCUGACAGUGAGGUUAGAAACCUCCAUAUUUCAAUUAAAUCUCUCCUACGCUGAACACAGAAAUCAAUAACGUGCUUACGCCAUCCAUCAGCUGGCCAGGAAUCUCCGUGGCCUCCGGGAAGGGGCCGCUGCGGGUCGCUUUGCCACCUCCAAAGGGCUGUCAGCCCCGUGGCUGCUUCCUCCUCCGUGCUGAGCCUAUUGCUCGCUUCUGGUUGUGAUCCUGCCAGGCCGUGGCUGAGCUCAGUUCCCCGGGCCCGGAGGUGGGGGUGAGUGUGCGCGGCGAGGUACAGGCCAGGGAACAGCAUCCGCGCUCCGACUGUCACCUUCGCUCUGCUCCCCUUCCCCCCUGCUGCUGGUGGGGCUGCCUGGGGAGGGGGUGACCACGGAGACCUGUCUCAGCAGAGGGAGAGGAGCAGCGCAGG